AUGAAACGCGAGUACAUCACGAUCGAAACACUGCCAGCUUGGCAGAGGCUUAACGGGAUAGUCACCCAAGGAAUCUCAGUUCACAAAAUUGGAUCUGAUCAACACGGCGCAGACAAAGGCAGCGCCCUCAUCGCAACAGAAACUCAGAUGAGCAGCGAGAACGAUGCGAAACCGAAGAUCCUCCUACAAGUUCCCCCAGAAUUGGUUUUGUCCCUAGAGACCGUCCAGAAUCAGGCCAAAACAGACGGGCAUUUGCGCGACGUGUUGGAAGCAAUCGGCGACUUUGGAAGGACAGCUAGAGGAGCAAUCCUCAUAUUCUUAAUCAUUCAAAUAUCCCAUAGCAGCUCCGAUCUGCACCCCAAACACGAGACCAUCGGCAUCUCCAAUCCCUGGACCGAGUACGUAAAGUUCCUGCCUCCAUCGUUCCCUUUGCCUACCUUCUACACUGCGGAGGAACAAGAGCUUCUUCGGGGCACAUCGCUUGCAGAACCUCUGGUUGCGAAGCUUGCAUUCCUUGAACGGGAGUUUGAGCAGCUCCGCCAGGCUACGGGGGGUAUUGCGUGGUGUCAGCGAAGCUGGUGGCAUGAGAGAACUGGCGCGUUGACAAUUGAUGACUGGAAAUAUGUUGAUGCUGCUUAUCGAUCGCGCCUGCUGGAUCUACCUGGCAGUGGUCUAGCUAUGGUGCCUUGCAUUGAUAUGGCCAAUCAUGUCUCCAGUGAUGGGGUCAAGGCGCUAUACGAUACAGACUCAGAGGGUAACGCCGUUCUUCAGUUGCGAUGGGGCAAGACUAUUCAGCCAGGAGAAGAAAUUACAAUUUCGUACGGCAAUGAAAAGUCCGCAUCCGAAAUGAUCUUUUCCUAUGGAUUCCUAGAAAGUGGCAUCACGCAAGCACGGGAAAUGUUCCUCAACCUUGAGAUUCCAGAGGAUGACCCUCUCGGCCUCGCAAAGAAGAUGUUCUGCCAGAACAAUUCGGGAGUUCGAAUUUCGGUCGUUGAUGGCUCCGAAGAAGUGACAUGGGAGAGUGGGCUUGCAUGGAUUGCAUGCGUGAACGAAGAAGACGGGCUUCACUUUGGGAUCGCACAGACAAUCGACGGCGGUCGGGAGUUAGAAACGACCUGGAAAGGCGAAAAGGUCCAAUCAACCAGUCAUCUCCGCGAUCUUCUCGCCGCUGAUCCCUUUUGGGAGAUUUUCCAGCUUCGCGCUGCGGUGUUGCUUCUCGAACGGCUCGAAACUCAACUCGCUCUUUUCCAAGAGGCUGAAGAGAUCAUCUCAAAUUUGAAAGAGGGUAAAGCGGCCUUGAAUUCCAUAUUCAGACCUGGGAUCUUCGCCGCAAUUGCCCAAUUCCGGACAUUGGAAGGGAAUCUUCUCGAGAAGGCCAUUGAGGACUUCAUAAAACAGCGAACAGAAUUGCUGGCUUCUAAAACAGUGGCCGAAUAUUUCAACGCACAGACAGGGGAGCCGGACGAAGCGGAAGACAUUUCAUGA